AUGGAGAUUGAAAGGCAGAUCAUGAAAGGAAAAGGCCUCUCUGAGAAAGCAAUUAACACUCUGUUGGCUUCUAGAAAAACCUCCACCUCCAAUACAUACUACAGAAUUUGCAACGUAUUCUUUGACUGGUGCAAUACUCACGGAGGGAAUUUUCUCCAACCUGCCUCAGAAUCCAUAAUAGAAUUUCUACAACAGGGACUUGAUAAGGGACUCAGUCUUAAUACUCUGAAAGGACAUAUUUCGGCUCUAUCUGCUCUAACUUCAGUACGAUGGGCUUCUCAUCCCUUAGUAAUCAGAUUCAUUCAAGCCAUUAAGCAUCUCAAACCUAACUGCAGAGACAAAGUACCUCCAUGGGAUCUUCCUCUUGUCUUAAAGGUGUUGAUGUCUGACCCUUUUGAACCUAUUGAGGAAAUUCCUCUAAGCACUUUAACCUUAAAAAUGGUAUUGCUACUAGCAAUCGUAUCAGCCAAAAGAGUAUGCGAGCUACAUGCUCUUUCCAUAUCUGGAAAAAACCUCUCUUUCUUUGCUGACAAAGCGGUAUUUAAACUGGAGGAUAAAUUUCUCCCCAAAGUGGUUUCAGAUUUCCACCUUAAUCAACUGGUGGUAUUACCUACUUUUUUUCCAAAUCCUCAAAACGAAGAACAGCUCUCAUGGCAUAACCUGGAUGUGGUCAGAUGUCUCAAAUGUUAUCUGAAAAGAACAGAAAGUAUCAGAAGUACUACAGCUCUUUUCGUAUUUCCGGAAGGAAUCAGGAAAGGGAAAAAAGCUUCAAAAAACAUCCUAGCCAAAUGGAUCAAAGACUGCAUCAACAGAGCAUAUUCUCUUACUGAUAAGGCUAGUCAGAGACUUUAA